AUGAAAGUUUUACUGACUGGUAUUUCACAUGUUCUAAAUAAGAAGAAGUGCUCUAUUUUUAGCAUAGACUCAAGGCCAAAUGACUCUACAUGUCUUGUCACAGGAGGACAGGACGGGGCUGUUAAGGUUUGGAGAAUUACAGAGCAAGAAAGCCAGGAGAAAGCAUCCUUUAUAAAGCACGCGGGAGCAAUUCUGUGUGUUAGAUUUUCACUCGAUGGGAAGAUAGUGGCAACGGCUUCUGAUGACGGGACAAUAAUCAUAUGGGGUGUAGUAGAGAAAGAGGAUACGAUCCAGCUGUACACAAAAAAGAGAUUAAAUGCACACAAAUCAGAUGUAUCCUGUCUGUCAUGGUGUAAAAAAUACCUUGCAAGUGGAGGAUACGAUGGAUCAGUGAUCAUCUACGAUACAUGUGCAUACAAUAUAGUGUGCAGACUGGAGAAGCAUGAGAAGGGAUGUAAGGGGAUUGAAUUCAGUCCAGAAGGAGAGUACAUCGCAACUUAUGGAGAUGAAGGAGAAGUAUUUUUAUACGACAGUGCAUGGAAAAAAAUAGGAGCAGCUAAAAAACCAUUUAAGGGAGUUCAAAUGGAAUCCUUCUUUGGAAGAAUGAGUUGGAGUCCGGAUGGGAAGUACAUUGCAUGCGGACUGUCUUUCUAUGAAAAACAAGAUGCAGUCUCCUUGCUUUCUCCUAACCUUGUGCGUGCAUAUACACUAAUAGGACAUACGGCACCAGUGGAAACAGUCACGUUCAACCCAUGGCUGUGGAAGAACAAUGAAGAGGUUUCGUAUAUAAUUGCAACUGGAUCACAGGAUAGAAGUAUUGCUAUUUGGUCCUCCAUGAAUGCUAAGCCACUUAUUCUGCUGACUGAAGUGUGCGACCAGCCGAUUAUGGACUUAAGGUGGACAUCUGAUGGAAGAACACUUUACGGAUGCUCAUACGAUGGAACGGUCUUUAUACUCGAGUUUACUACAGAGCUGGGAAGUCCUGUGGCUCCUGUUGUGGAAAGAGUUAAAAAUGUGCCAUACUCUAAGGAAUUUGUAAUUAAUGUAGAAGACUUCCCUGCACCAGAACAACCACAAAACCAGCCAGAAUGUGCAGAGGACAGUAAAACACCCACUAAUGAUGCACCCGCAGAAGUACCAGUAAAGAAAAAAAUAGUACCAAGACUUAUUAAACCACUGGAAAUGCCAGAUGACCUCGGUGUAGUAAAGGGACAGAGAGUGGUGCUGUUCACAGAAAGAAAAGUACCCGACCCAGCAGGUAUGGAACUGUCUUUAACUAGACUAGAAACAAUAACAAAAACAGAUAAGUACGCAAUUGAUGCUAAAUUAGAUAGAAGCGUAUUAGUUAUAAAGAAAAACAACAGAGAAUGGUUUACAAUUGAAGGGCACCUGAUAAAGGGAAUGGCAGCACACUCUUCAAUUAUAGCCCUUGUAUGUGAGGAUAAGUUAAACAAAGAUAUUAAUACAGUAUGGGUAUACAGCCUUGAAAGAGGAGUACUCCUUAUGCCAGCAAUGCCAUUCUAUCAGGUAGUAACAGUGGAUGUCAAAUAUAACCAGGUGUUAAUUGUGACACUUAAUGCAUUCAAGGUAAUAAACUUGAUAAAGAACACGGCAGUAGAUGGAACCAUCCUGGCACAUGCAGCAGUCAUGAAUGUUCUGCUGGAUGAGAAGUACUUCCUUGUGGUUCUGUAUGAGGAUGGAAGUAUUUACUAUUAUAACCCAGAAAUAAAAGUGUGGUGUGCAUUAGAAAUGAACUGUCCCUCUGCCUACUCUGAUAUAUACACAGAAGAAGACUUCACAGAGAGAGAUGCCACCUUUGACUCUCUUGAGAACACCUGUGUGAUAGGCCUAUUAAAGAAUGAUUCAGUGUUAGUCAGUAAUACUAUUAAGAAAAUCAUAGAAAUAGCAGAUAGAGCCACACCCUGUACAACAGGACUAAUUAACAGAGUGGACAGUAUUAUAGAGCAGAUACUUCUGCCAUGCAGUGAAGAAGCUGACUUAGGAAUAAAACCAGCAGAUAUUAUUGAGUUACUGCUGAAGUGUACAGGGACCAAAGAAUUUCAAGAGUAUGCGUACAGGAAGGUUAAAGAAUUACAAGAAAAGGGCGCAUUUACACCUGUCAAUAAUAAUUAGUCUGCAUAUACGGGUUAUAUCGGGUUAUUUUGAGUAUGCGCAGGAAUAAAUAAAUAACUAAGUGCAUACAAGGACAC